GAUUGGUAACCAAUGGUGAGACUAUCAAUGGCUUUCUCAAGAACCCAAUAUUUGUUGGGAUUAGAGAAGCAUAAAUUUUCACAUUUGGAGCAUGGAACAUUCUAGAGAAUCAGACUUUUUUUUUUGAAACGGAGCUUCCCUUCCUUUUAUCAACCCCUCUGUUCUUCAUAUCCCACGCAUUCAACAAUCCGAGUUAACCAAACCAAGCCCCGGAAGUUCUUCUGCUUUUUUUUUCGAGUUUUUCAUCAGGCAAAACCAUGUCUAACCAAGCUGAAUCCUCUGACUCGAAGGGGACCAAGAGGGAUUUUAGUACGGCGAUCUUGGAACGAAAGAAGGCACCGAAUCGGCUUGUUGUCGAUGAGGCAACCAACGAUGAUAACUCUGUUGUUUCUCUUCAUCCUGAUACGAUGGAAAAGCUCCAGCUGUUUCGCGGUGACACGAUCCUGAUCAAGGGAAAGAAGAGGAAAGAUACUAUCUGCAUUGCUCUUGCAGACGACACAUGUGAUGAACCAAAGAUCAGGAUGAAUAAGGUUGUCAGGUCAAACUUGAGGGUUAGGCUUGGUGAUGUUGUCUCUGUGCAUCAGUGUCCUGAUGUUAAGUAUGGAAAACGUGUGCACAUCUUGCCUGUGGAUGACACAAUUGAGGGGGUUACUGGAAAUCUCUUUGAUGCUUACCUUAAACCUUACUUUCUGGAAGCAUACCGCCCAGUAAGGAAGGGUGAUCUCUUCCUUGUGAGAGGUGGAAUGAGAAGUGUAGAAUUCAAGGUUAUUGAGACUGACCCUUCUGAGUACUGUGUGGUCGCACCAGACACUGAGAUAUUCUGUGAGGGAGAGCCCGUAAGGAGGGAGGAUGAGAAUAGAUUAGAUGAGGUAGGUUAUGAUGAUGUUGGUGGAGUGAGAAAACAGAUGGCUCAAAUUCGAGAAUUAGUGGAGCUUCCUUUGAGGCACCCACAGCUCUUCAAGUCAAUUGGUGUGAAGCCACCUAAAGGAAUUUUGCUUUAUGGACCUCCUGGAUCUGGUAAGACUUUGAUUGCCCGUGCUGUUGCAAAUGAAACUGGUGCUUUCUUUUUCUGCAUCAAUGGUCCGGAGAUCAUGUCAAAAUUGGCUGGAGAGAGUGAAAGCAAUCUCAGAAAAGCAUUUGAGGAAGCCGAGAAGAAUGCACCAUCUAUCAUAUUCAUUGAUGAACUUGAUUCGAUUGCUCCGAAGCGAGAGAAGACCCAUGGUGAAGUUGAGAGGAGGAUUGUCUCUCAGCUGUUGACAUUGAUGGAUGGGCUCAAAUCCCGUGCACAUGUUAUUGUUAUCGGGGCCACAAAUCGUCCCAAUAGCAUUGAUCCGGCUCUCAGAAGGUUUGGAAGAUUUGAUAGGGAGAUUGACAUUGGUGUCCCAGAUGAAGUUGGCCGUCUUGAGGUGCUUCGUAUCCACACAAAGAACAUGAAGCUGGCUGAAGAUGUUGAUUUAGAGAAAAUUGCCAAGGACACCCAUGGUUAUGUUGGUGCUGAUCUUGCAGCUCUCUGUACCGAGGCAGCAUUACAGUGCAUCAGGGAAAAGAUGGAUGUGAUUGACUUGGAAGAUGAUUCGAUAGAUGCAGAGAUACUCAACUCUAUGGCUGUCACUAAUGAGCACUUCCAGACUGCUCUUGGAACAAGCAAUCCAUCAGCUCUGCGUGAAACUGUUGUUGAAGUGCCCAAUGUCAGUUGGGAAGAUAUUGGAGGCCUAGAGAAUGUUAAAAGAGAGCUUCAAGAGACUGUUCAGUAUCCAGUGGAGCAUCCUGAGAAAUUUGAGAAGUUUGGGAUGUCUCCCUCAAAGGGAGUACUAUUCUAUGGCCCUCCAGGAUGUGGUAAAACUCUUCUGGCCAAAGCCAUUGCCAACGAAUGUCAGGCAAACUUCAUUAGUGUCAAGGGUCCAGAAUUACUUACAAUGUGGUUUGGUGAGAGUGAGGCCAAUGUUCGUGAAAUUUUUGACAAGGCUCGCCAGUCUGCUCCUUGUGUCCUGUUCUUUGAUGAACUUGAUUCAAUUGCUACCCAGAGAGGAAGCAGUGUAGGUGAUGCAGGGGGUGCUGCUGAUAGGGUUUUGAACCAACUUCUUACUGAGAUGGAUGGCAUGUCUGCCAAGAAAACCGUUUUCAUCAUUGGAGCCACCAACCGACCUGACAUUAUAGAUCCUGCACUUUUGCGGCCUGGUCGACUGGAUCAGUUGAUCUAUAUUCCCCUUCCUGAUGAGGAAUCUCGCCAUCAGAUCUUUAAGGCUUGCUUGAGGAAAUCCCCAGUUGCAAAAGAGGUUGACCUCAGGGCUCUUGCCAAAUAUACUCAAGGCUUUAGUGGGGCUGAUAUUACAGAAAUUUGUCAGCGUGCAUGUAAAUAUGCUAUCAGAGAAAACAUUGAAAAGGAUAUUGAAAGAGAAAGGAGAAGAAGGGAGAACCCUGAAGCUAUGGAGGAAGAUGUCGAGGAUGAAGUGGCAGAAAUCAAGCCUGCGCAUUUUGAGGAAUCAAUGAAGUUUGCUCGUAGGAGUGUGAGUGAUGCUGACAUACGCAAAUACCAGGCAUUUGCUCAAACCUUGCAGCAGUCAAGGGGAUUUGGCAGUGAAUUUAGGUUUGCUGAAACUGGCUCCAGGGCUGCAGCAUCUGAUCCUUUUGCGGCUUCUGCUGCAGGAGCUGAUGAAGAUGACCUUUACAGUUAAAUUUCCUUCAUCUUUGUUUGCUUAGUUUAUGGUGGCAAUUUAUCCUUUUAAUUUAUGUUGUAUUAUAUUGACUGUAUGUUGUAAAAGCUCCUUGGCAACAACUGUUGAGCCAAAGGGAGCCUUGCCUGGCUACCCCUUGGAGUUCAAAAAGCAGGUGUUUGUCAUUCUGGAACUGAAAGUUUUUACAAGAUUCAACUUCAAUGUAAGCUUUAGGUUUACUUUUA